GUGGCAGUCGAUUCCUCGGAAAGUAUGCUCAAAUAUGCCAGACAAAAGUAUGCACACGAGAAAAUUGUGUACGAGCACCUCGACAUAGACAAGGAUGUGUCGGGUUUUUUGAAGAAGCACGGUGCCUUCCAGCGGGUGUACUCCUUUAGGACUCUGCAAUGGUCUCAAGAUCUCUCGUGUGCUUUGAGAAACAUCGCUGAGCUGCUGGUGCCUGGUGGCGAGUGUCUGCUCUUGUUCUUUGCGAGAUCCUUCUUGAUGGAGUCCUUCAAGCAAAUGAGCCGCCUGGAGCCUUGGUCAAAAUACGCUGAUGUGCUUCUACGAGGCGUACCGAAGAGUCACGAGAUAAUCGACCAGAAGGGCCAGCAUGCCUACCUGUCGUCGGUUCUCUCCUCGGCAGGACUCACCCCUUGCACCGUGGAAGUGCUGGUCAAUCCGUACAUGAUAUGGAUGCCAGGUGCCUCGUACGAACGAAUGAUGCAGAUAGCUAAUCCAGCGUUUUCGCUUCUAAGCGAAAGGGAGAGACCUGCAUUCCAGGAGGCGCUGUCGGCUCACCUACCCGAGUGGCGUGAAAUGUAUUCCAAGGAAAGUGGCCCGAUGUCUUGGUCGACGUUUCUCGUACAUGCUAGAAAGGCUUAGGUCCUGGCUAAGUCCUUGAAGCGGUGUCGUAAAACUGUCGAAAAAAUGCUAAAGCCUCGCAGCUGCAUAACACCAAAGUGAUGUUAUGUGGAGCAUGUCAAGCCAUUUGUUGUAUUUACCCUAAUUGCGUAAUUACUUAUUAAGAUCUGUCUACUAUUCAAAUACUUUAGUCAGAGUAGAAUGUGUAGACAAGACAAUUAUUGAAACCAUUGAGAAAAACCUUUUCCACAAUUCUGUAGCUUUAGCAGGGUCUUUGUUCAAGGCUGUAAGAGAGCCCGCGAAGUGAGGGAAAGGGUUUCACGAUUACUCACAAGGCGCUUAUCAUAUGAUUUGUAUUUCGCUGUUUUGGAAAAAGGCAAUGUCGUACGCACAGAGGAACACAAACACCAAUGAGGUUUGGAGCAUGAACGAAAACUCUGUCUUUCACACAUUGCUUAGAUUUGUAUG